AUGAACCAGGAAGUUUCUGCUCACGACCGAGGGACUUUCAUCCAAUCACAUAAUGUCUACGAUUUUCCUCGUGGGAGGAUCGCCCUGCAUGAGGUACUAGGCAGCGGUAACUUUGGCCAUGUCUACCGAGCCACGGCAGAUGGGAUAUACCAUCCGGGAAUCAAGUCAGAAGUGGCCGUCAAAAUACUCAAAAAGUCGGCUGAUGCGAAUGUGGUCGCUGAUUUUGAGAAGGAAAUGGCGGUUCAAAAGGAUCUCAUUAAACAUCCCAACAUUGUGUCCAUGCUUGGCUAUUGCACGGAGACGCAGCCUUUUUACCUGAUACUGGAGUAUCUAUCCAGAGGCAACUUACAGAAAUACCUCAGAGUAAAGAAAGACGCCUGGAGAGAUGAUGCCGUUGAGGGCGCACAGCCUGCUUGCCCCUUCCAGCUCUUGACAUUUGCCUCUGAGAUUGCCAACGGAAUGGACUACCUCUCCUCCAUGGGGUGCAUUCACCGUGACCUGGCUACUCGCAACAUCCUUCUCAGUGACGACCUCGUGUGCAAACUCUCUGACUUUGGAUUGGCACGUGACAUUUCUGAGACUGAACAAUAUGAGAAAACAUCCCAGGGAUUGGUUCCUGUUCGCUGGCUGGCUUUGGAGUGUCUCGUUCAGAACGUGUACACCACAAUGAGUGACGUGUGGUCCUUUGGUGUCUUGCUGUGGGAGAUUGUCACCCUAGGUGACCAUCCCUAUCGUGGAAUGUCCGCCAGUCAAAUAACUGACAUCUUAGCUGAGGGCUAUCGGUUACCAAAUCCCUCGCAUUGCCACAAUCAACUCUACACUAUUAUGAUUGAAUGUUGGAGACAUUCCCCCUCACGUCGCCCGUCUUUCGGCACUUUGAAGAGGAUGUUAGACAGUAUGAUUCCUGACGCGAAGUGCACACAAAAUGUCAGCGUUGGCGACAGCUUGGAUCUAGAGUGUACCGCAGUUGGUUCCAAUCCCGUUAGUCACAUAGAGUGGAAGGUCAAAGGUCGAAAGGGCAAUAAAAGCUCACCGAUACUCCACCAGACGAAUUACUCUGAGACCCACCGUGACGGUUCUUGGUUCUGGGAUGUCAUCAGCAAAGCCAGGGUUGAUAUUCGGGAAGGAGAGAUCAAUUUUGGCGUCACGUGUCGAAUUUUCUAUCCAGACAACGCCACGUCGUUCACCGAGGAGCAUCUGCAGGUAUUCGUCGUGCAAGGCAAACCAAAUGAAUCCAGAAAGAACAUUUGGAUGUUAGCAGUGGUGCUAUCCAACGGUCUGGUAGUCUUUCUUGUCGUCACACUGUGUUGCAUUGCUUUGAAGAUUCGGAAUUGGAGAAAGAAGAAGAGGAAUUCUAAAGGAGAUGGCUCUUCUCGGAUGAUUUCACUACCAUUCGGACAAGAGGAACGACAAGGAGGCGCUCUAAGAUCAGAAGGUACCCUCGAUCGAGUCUCCAAGACCUUUAUUCCAGAAUUGGAGUUUCCAAGGAAUAGAGUCAAACUUCAAGAGAUUAUUGGGAAUGGUAACUUCGGCCAGGUCCACAAGGGCAUAGCUAAGGGAAUAGUUCGUAAUGGAGUCGACACUACGGUUGCUGUCAAGAUUAUCAAAGAACAGUAA